UUGUUACUCAAGCCAUUGAAUAUUUCUUCCAUCAUUAGUUUCCAAAAGUAAACGCUCUUCUAUAUUCUCUCCGAAAACUCUACUAUAUUGCUACGAAAUCACCUAGCAAAUAAAAAACAACACGCUACACCCCAAAACACAACAACUCAGAAACUUUAAAACACACACAAACACAUAUUCAUCAACAACCCAAAACUCAAACCUCACAAAUAUGUGUUUCAGACACUGGUUUUUGUGCCUCUAUUGCACAAUCUACGCCCUAAUAUUCUUACUCAUAACCACCUCAAUCAUCUUCUUGAUAGUAAUCUCUCCCUCAAGCGUGAAAUUCCACAUAACCGACGCUACUCUCACCGAGUUCAACCUCACAAACAACAACUUAUACUACAACUUCAAAGUCAACAUCACAGCAAGAAACCCUAACAACAACAUCAUAGUCUAUUACCGAAGAAUCACCGCGAUUGCUUGGUACAAAGACAAUGAAUUCAGUUAUGUGAGUUUGGCACCCUUUGAUCAAGGACACAAGAAUACAACAUAUCUUGGACCUAUAGAGUUCAAAGGGAACCGUGUGAUUAAUCUAGGACGUAAACAACUCGAUGAGUAUAGGGAAGAGACGCGGCUCGGGGUUUACAAUGAUUUGGCUGUUGAUUUGGAUGUUCGAAUUAGAGCUAAGUUUGGAAGCUUCUUUAAGAGUGGACGGUUUAAUCCACCGGUUGUGCAGUGUCGUCGGUUGAGCAUUCCUUUGGUUUCUUCUUCCAAGGGUAACUCAUCAUCACCAUCAAUAUUUUCUUUUAGAGUCAGAAGAUGUAGUAGUGGUUCUUUCUUUACCGAUCGUGAUGCAGAUGCAGCAGCAGCUUGAUAUGAAUAAUGAAUAAUUAUAACAAUUUGUAUACUGUUUUUUUCACUUCAAUUACAUUCGAUUUACAAUUUUGUACUAUGUUAAGCAUUUAUGUAUAUGAUAAAGUUAUGUUUGUUACAUAUGUAUUCUUUGAAUGUAGAUAUUAAUAUUGUAUGUGCUUAUUCUUAUCAUUUAUGUGUGGCAUUAACUUCAAUUUUGGUGACUUGUAGAUUUCACAUACACACU